AUGCUAUAUUUAUCUCAGGCUAUUCAUAUCUACCUAUUUAUCUAUCCAUAUCUAUCUAUCUGUCUAUCUCAGGCUAUUUAUAUCUAUCUAUCUAUAUUUCCAUAUCUAUCUAUCUAUCUCAGGCUAUUUAUAUCUACCUAUCUAUAUAUCCAUAUCUAUCUAUCUGUCUAUCUAUCUAUCUAUCUAUCUCUGUCUAUUCAUUAUCUAUCUAUCUAUCUCUGUCUAUUCAUUAUCUAUCUAUCUAUCUAUCAAUCUCUAUUCAUUAUCUAUCUAUCUAUCUCUGUCUAUUCAUUAUCUAUCUAUCUAUCUAAUUCUAUUCAUUAUCUAUCUAUCUCUGUCUAUUCAUUAUCUAUCUAUCUAUCUAUCUCUAUUCAUUAUCUAUCUAUCUAUCUAUCUAUCUAUCUCUGUCUAUUCAUUAUCUAUCUAUCUAUUCAUUAUCUAUCUAUCUAUCUAUCUCAGUCUAUUCAUAUCCACCUCAGUCUGCUUACAGCCUCGUCACGUUGA